UUUUUUUUUAAAAAAAAAUUACAUAUCAUAUAUGUAUAUAAUUUCAUAAUAUGUCUCUUAGUAACAACUGUAUAUCUGAACCUAGUAGUAGUAGUAAUAGUAAUAAAUCAAAUAAAGAAUCUUUCAUAUCCGACCCAUAUACUGGUCAAUAUCCAGCUCCUACUCCUUUACCAACCGAAAAUAGGUCUUUUAAAGAAAAUCAUAGUCAGUCACUACCAAGGGAGCCAUUUUAUCUAAUUGAUAAAUCUUUAUCAAAUCAACAAAAUCGCCCCUCAUUUUCAUCAUCCUCUCAUAAAGGGCACUCCUUUUACGAUAAUGAAGAAGGCAAUCAUAAAGUAGUGCAUACUGAUAAUCCUUCUGCUACAGCUAGCUCUUCGAGGAAUCAUUCAUUCCGUGACCCUUCUUGUCAAGAGGAAAUUGAUUGUCAUGAUUUUAAAACAAGAAAGGGCUAUAUCACGAACAAUACCAGUGAUUACUAUGAUCCAGACGCUAUUCAUUUGCGAGAAUAUCUUUAUGCUGAAAGAGAAGAAAAAUUACGGAGAGAGCAAGAGCUAGAAGAGAUAUUAAUUGAAAGACAAAAGCAACAGUCAUAUAACAAAAGAAAUUCAAUAGCUACUCCAAAUGAUAAUAAUACCACUCAUCAAAAACAGCAAUAUCAUUACUUAAGACAAGAAGAAAAAGAACCAUUUUAUAAUGAUAGUAAUUAUCAAGUUUACAACAAUGAUAGAAUAGCUUUAUAUCAUAGUACAGCCUCUUCUCCUCCUGCUACUGCUUUAAUUGCACCACCACCACCACCACCACCCUCUUUUUUACCACCACUUUCUAUUCUACUUAAUCCUAACUUGAAUACUCAACCGCCGCCAUCUGCUUCUAGUUUAUUUAAUACAUCACCAUUCGCUUUAUCUUCUCCAUUUAGACCACUACAGCAUCCCCCUACUCAGCAAGGGAGCCAUUCAUCCUUCUUUCAUACCAUUAUGCCAACACUACCCCCUUUACCGCCAGGUAUAUUAAUGGAUAAUAAAUAUGCAACAAACAGCAGCUGGAGAAGAAAAAGAGGUGAAGGUUGUUGUUGUUUCGGAAUUACCUUUUGUUCUUGUCUUUGGACCAUUAUCCUUCUUGUUAUUUUAUUAGGAGGGAUAGCUUUGAUUAUAAUUUCUCAAAUUAUGGAAAACUUUAAAUGUACUGUAUUAGAAUAUAAAGAUGCAAACCCAAUAUUAUGUAAGCAAAUAUUUUAUGAUGGGUUUUUAUAUGGUGGCAUAGCAAUUGCAGGGUCAGCGACUAUUAUUCUUAUUUGGAGAAUUAUUAGAUGGUCCUGUGGUAAUAAAUAGAAUGUAUACACAUAUAUAAAUACAUAUAACAUCUAUUCUCUAAAACUUGAUAUUAUCUUUACUAUUAAUUAAAA